AUGUUUAAAACAUGCAGAGUGCUGCGCUUUCGCCAAGAGAGCUUUGCUAGCAUUAACUUGAUUAUGGUAAAUAAAAAUUCACUGCCGUUAUGUUGGAGCUCUUAGUUCUAGCAGGGUUAAAACCAAACGUACUCGAAGAUGAGUUUAUUCAGCGCUGACCAGCACAACACCUCUGUUGAGCACAUUCCUCCUAUUUCAUGGUGCUAAGAUUCUUUUUUUUCCAGCUAAAGAAAAAAGAUCAAAUGUUUCGCAUAAUUCAGUUCAUUGUAUCUGCACUGGUAAAUCUUUUGUGUUUUUAGUUUCAGGAUUCGUUUAUCCACCCUUUUGCGGAAACAUUGUUUACGUCAAUUUCUUUUAACCGUGUCAAAUGAAUUAUUAAAAAUAUCACUUGAGCUUGAUCGAAGCAAAGAGGGCUUUGUUUCGAUUGAAAAAUCCUGCCUUAGGAACUAUAUUUUUGUAUUCAAGCUGUCAACAUCGGUUAGAUUAAGUUUUUGUUCGAUUGUUGGUAAAAUAAAAAGCCAGCUAUUGAUUACAGGGCUAAGAAACAGCCCUGCUGCAAUUCAAUUGUACAUGUCGGAUUUGUAAAAAAAGCCGUUUCUGUAACGCGCAUAUUAUAUAGAUCUUGGUAGCUUAUCUGUUCAUGUAAUGGUAUAUGAAUCUUAUAACGUAUUGUACUUCUUGAAAGGUAGCUUGGUCAUGAAUAUUUUAUUAUCAGGGUUUGCCUUGAUAGCUAAUUUUCUUUUAUAGUAACGGAGACUCAAAUCUUUUAUUACAGAUGUUUGUGAAAUUAAAAUUUUAAAAAUACAAAUAGUAUUGCUCUUGACGUGAUGAUCCAGCUUUUAAAGCACUCAAGACCUGGUCGUGACUAAUUACAUCCCUGGAAUCCCUGCUGAUCUCGAAAUGUUGUUACAGGCUGUAGCUGUUAGAGAAUUUUUUAUGUCCAUGGAACUCUUUUUUGAUCUCUAAUUUCCCGGACGUUUUGGCCAAGGGAAGUGUUGCAGUUUUUCACUGAUGAAAUGGUCAUGUGUAUAUAUUCUAUUGUCUCUGAAUUACAGAAACUGUUGUACAUUUUGCUUCUGAAAGUCUUGUUUAAUGCAUAUGACCUGACAAAGUGGUAGUAGCAAUUGGAGAGAUUUCAAACAUCACAGUUUGCCCUCUUUGUCCAAGGACUGUAUUUUUAUGAGGCUGGAAAAAUCACUCUUGCUUUUGUUUGAACUUUAAGAAUUUUUAAUCUAUUCUGGAUUAAAACAAAGUUGACAUUUGGACUUGAAUGGUUGAAAAAAGUUUUCUUCAACUUUGAAUUUCAGUUAGUGUCUACUUUCUUUCAAACAACUGUGCAGUGCCAGGAAUUAUUUUACCUUUUUCCAUUUUCCACUGCUGCAUUUUACAUAGCUCUCAAGAAUAUGAAAUUAAAAAGUCAACAGUCUGUGUACUUAUCAGAAGAAUGAAUAACUCUACUAUUCUAAGUGCAUCAAUGCCCCUAUAUUUGCAUUUAAAUAACAUUACUACACUUUCCUUUGUGUGACUUUCCUUAUAAGAAAGAUCAUCAGUUUGGAAUGUUAGAUUUUCUUUAUGUCUCAAAAUUUUUUUUUAAUGAUGCCUAGUACAUAUUUCUAGUUUAGUGUUACUUAAUAUAGCAAAAAUAUAGCUGUUUUAUCUUUUUAAUUUCUUAAGCGGAAGCUUAAAUAUUCUUUUUGAAUGUUAUUUCUGCUCAACUGGGAGUCUACUUGAUGAAAGAGAUGCUGGUGUCAACCUUUCAUCAUUGUCAAGGAAUUACACUAAGAACCACAAAGUUUUAAUUUCAAGGCCAGGUGGAUUUUUGCUAAUUGUAUUUUGACCAAGAGUGGCCAUUUCAGGCACAACAUAAUAAAGAAUGCAAAGCAAAUUUGGCUCAGUUGCUGUGGAAUAAGCAAUAUUAUUAAUUUUUUAUUAUUCAUUUUAUCAUUUAUCGUACAAUGUAAAGCCUUUACCUGAACUGUAUUACAUAACACAACUUAUUUUUCGCAAAGUUGGUUUAUGUGAACUUUUUGACAGAAUUUUUGAAAGAAAAGCUUUCAAUUCUUUUUGGUUUAGUUGAAAAGUCACAUUGAAACUAAGGUACAUUUGAUUACAUUUGAUUUUUGAAGAUUGGUUUAUUUUUUUUUUUUUGCAUAUAAUUUUUCAAACAAUGAUACUGAUAAAUAGAACUCUUUGCCAAUUAUGGUAAUUUUUGAACUUGAUAUUUAGACACCUACACAAAGUGAAAAAUUCAUUAGCAUUUAUUAUUUAUAUUAUCUUAUUUGUGUGCAUAAUAAUAACCAAUGAAACCUACUGCACUCUACUUUGAAGCUGGCAGUUGCUUACCACGCCUGUUAAUUUUGCAGUAAAUCGUAAAGUGCAGGAAGGUACUGGCCAGAACUGAAACAGGGACUAGCGUAUUUGUUAAGCUGUUGUUUCUUAUUAUUUGCCACAAACUCAAACCAGUAUUCUUUGCACAAAUACUUACUUAGAUGAAUAUAUUUCAAUGUCAAAAUCUUCAAGUCAGUCAGGGAAGAGUUUUAUUGUUAGGUAAACUGUCCUUAGUGGUAAAUGUUAAGGUGUGUCGCCGCUAUGGUGGAUGUGCCACAACCCCUUUGCACAACAUUAAAAUAGACAUUGUAAAAGAAACUUACUGUUGCUUUAUAUGGCAGUUUCAAGUCUAUUGCAUUUUAAAUAGACAGCACUCACAAAAAUACCAGCUUGUUUGACUGGUUCACAAUAUUCACCUUUUGUUGAAUAGUUUGGCAUAAUCGUGUACGAAGAUGUUGAGUAAAACUUUCAUUUGAAAUUGCAAUUUCACUUUUGACUUUAUAUAUUUCAUUUAUAUAACUUUUCUUUAUAUUUGAGAAAGAAGUGUAGGUUGAAAAUGGUCAAAGGGGCUGUUUUUAAAGGCUACUUGUGGAACAACCUGAAGUUUAUUUUGAAUCAGUUUAGCCAUAUGCAAGGAAGGUCAAUGCAUCUUAUUUGUUUCUGUUUGUUGAUUUUUGUUUGCAUUUCUUUUUUGUUAAUUUGAUGCUUUUAUGACUACUAACAUCUUUAGUAAGACCAUUUAAUAAUGCUCACAUUGUCACAUACACCAUGCGACUUGUCUUAUGAGCAACAAACAAACUGAAACAUUCAACCUGUUGAUGGAAAGUUAUCUUUGCUGGAGAUGGUUUUGAAGCAUAUCCUCAAGAGUUAUUUGCUCGUGUAACUGCAAACUUAUCAAGUGAACACAAAAUUGUGUCUGCUGAAGACUGCUACAACAAUGAGUGGAUGGCCGGCUUUUUAUUUUGCUGUGGACUGAAUGUUGUUCUUACUGCCAACAUGACACAACUGCUUAUGGUAUGUACAGUGAACUGUUUUAUUUUAUUUAUUUAUUUAUUUAUUUAUUAUGUUUGUUGUUGUUAUGUUUUUUCAGAUGUGAAUGUUUAUUUAAGAUAGCUGAAUUUUGGUUUCAUAAAAAUUAAUAAUAUUAAUCUUUUGCUAUAAUUAAAAUUUAACAUUUUUAUUUUAAAUGUAAACCUGAUAAUUGCGAGUAACUUUUUUAUAAUGUGUCUUGAAAUAUAUGAUUUGGCUUCUUCUGGUGAAUUAAUAGUUAAGGAAUUUUUUUUCUCAAAAUUGUGUUAUUUAACAUUCUAAGUAUAACAAAACCUGCCCAAAAAUGAAAGUGAAUUUUGCAAAACCCACGUUGCACACUCUUUUUAUUGAGAAAAUAUUAGCCUCUUAUCUGGUCAGCAGUGUUUUAGUGAUAAGUCAAGUAUUUGAAAGGUAA